UGUCCCUAACGUUAUUUCCCAUCCUCAACCCAAAAGACAGCUGACGACGGCAUUGAUUACAUUCCAUCCAACCCUCGGAGAUGGUGGCCCUAGAUUGGUCAACUUUCCCUGGAUGAGCUAUUGAUGUGCAUGUGCGUGGCAGCUUUUGGGACCCAAUACCUCAUAGAGAUACACUGGACGGGAAAGCGUAGCCCGCUUCAGACGCUCAUGACAGGAGGAGUUUCGUCUCGUCGUGUUCCAACGAGGCAAGAACGAGGCAAGCAUUCUCAGCACCGCGCUGCCUUGACUCUUCAUCACCAUGGAUCGCCCUGAAUCAGGCCUGAUCAAGUGGUCACCCAAUGCCGCCCACGAUUCGUUUCUCCACAUCAACCUGCAGCACCGCAUCGUCCAGGUGUACGAAGCGACGGGGCGUGCGGAGCGCGGACGAUUCGAGUACAGGAAACUCGCAAAGCACGAUGACCUCCCGCCCCUCACCACCUAUGACUGGUCGCCUUCGGUGCCCGGCCUGGUUGCCGUGGGCACCUCGACGGGCGUGGUAAAUCUGCUGCGUGUCGACGAUAAUUCCAAUGCUUACCUGGAACUCGGCCUGAGGGUGUCACGCACAUGCCAAGCCGUCGCGUUCAACACGGCAGGCAAACUGGCCGUCGCCCUUGAUAGAGUCAGGAACGACAACUGCCUCUAUAUCUGGGAUGUCAACCGCCUCUCUGCUAUAGAUGCCUCCGUCCCUGGAUUCCCUGCCGACCUUGAGCCCCCGGAUCCCGUUGAUAGGCUCGAGCCCGGCGUGUCCGUGACCAGCGUCAGGUUCUUUGAGGAUAACCCAAACGUGCUGAUAGCCGGAAUCAAGGGCCAAGGUCUCCGGAUACACGACCUACGAGACCAGGGACCUGGCCCGGUUGCUCAGUUCCCUACCAAGUGCUGCAACAACCUUGCCAUUGACUAUGCUGAUCAGAAUUACUUUGCAUCUUCUGCCCUGGACCAGCCCGGACUCAUGAUCUGGGAUCGCCGCGCCAUCAACCGCCAUGUUGUGACUCAAACUUAUGCCGAUGCUCUCGAGACGGACAACCUGCCAUGGGGUGGUGCCUUGCGUCUAGACCGUGCCGUUCAGAUCGAGGCAGACCCAGCCUUGAUGGACUCCAAGAGCUCCUUCAUCCGGUCUCUCCGCUUCUGUCGUGACCACCCUGGCAUGCUCGCCGUCCUCUCACGCACUGGCCAACUGAGGAUUCUGUCAACCAGACAUGAACAUGUGGAUGCAGACGCCCGCGUUGAUGGCAGCCCGGAGUUGCUAGAGGUUCGGCGGUCGUACGAGAUGGAUCCUCUUUAUGCAGAGGUUAAUCGCAAGGGCGACAAGAUCGUCUCUUUCGAUUGGGUCACCAUGAGCUCACCCGUUCUUCAGCCUCGACUGCUCGUGCUGCGAGCCAGUGGUGCCUUUGACGUUUUGGAAAAGCCCUCGUUUACUUCGGAAUAUCCCUUCAAGCUGAUACCAUGGCAGCCGCCUUACCGCGGGCUGGAAGGCAUGCCGAACGGGCAUGCUCAAAGAGACGACGACCAUAGCCCGGCAGAAGAGCUUCUCUACCCAGACGUGAUCGAUUUCGAACCACCUCAACGUCAGAGCAUCUUUGGGCCGCUCUUGAUUGAGCAGGCUCUGUCCGGUGUUGCGCUAUUCGGACCGCAGAAGGCAAACAUAAGAUCGCUGGUGGAGCAAGUGCUCACCAAAUCCUCUACAGAAGAGCGUCGGGUUGUUGCCACCCUGGCAAAUGAUUAUCUCUCAUUCUCGUGUAACCAGGCGUCGUCUAUUGCAGACAAGCUGAGGGCCUUGAGAUUAGCUUCCAAAGACGGACAGGUUCAGUCGGACGAGGAGCUCUCAUCCCAGCUGAAACGCCACGAAAAACUGCUUACCGAUACCAGAGACAUGGCGGGCCUUUCACCUAAUGCACGCUUUGUGCUAGAUCACAGUAUGCUUCUCCGCGCAAAAGAGGGCUACCGUUUCGAUUUCGCCAAGAAUCAACGGAUUGUCGCAGAUGACCCAUGGCUUCAGGAUGUCUGGGCUUGGGUCGAUGGCGCCGAGGAAGCUGCGCUGGAUUGCGGGAUGAUGUCGCAUCCCUUGGACUUGGGUUACAUGGGCGUGCACACCAUAUGGACUAAUGACCUAGGCAGUAGGCCCCAGAUGAGGCUGGCCGAGGACGCCUCACCCCCUGACGAGUUUGGAUGGGAACGUUGCUUGAAUGCGAUCAACAAGAAGCUUGGGGUUCCAAGAUUUGACGGCGUGGUAGAUACAAAACGGCCUCAUCACAGGGAAUUGUGCCUUGAAAUAUGUGGCUGGGGCCGUUCUUACGAGGCGGAAUGUGAGGAGGCGCUGUCCGGGCCGAGCGCGAAGCGAGAAUCGACGUGGUACACCAUGGUUGCCGCCCAUGCCCUUUUCAGGGGCGACACCAAAGAAGCAGUCCAGGUGCUGAAGAAAGCCAGUACCGAGCAUCCUGAGCUGCUUUUUGUCUCGCUAGCCCUCCAGCUCAUCGGCAAGACCAGAGAAGACGACACAAAAGAUACGCUCGACUUUGAUGAGAAAGUGGCCUCCAAAGCAGACCCUUACCUCCGUGCCAUAUCAUCCAUCAUCGCAACAGGAGACUGGGCCGUUAUUGCCGGCCAACGGUCCCUGCCGCUCCGCGACCGGUGUUUCGUCGCUGUCCGAAACUUUGACGACGAAGCCCUCACCGCCUGGUUGGAUCGCGAAGUGUCGCUUGCCAAAGAGGCCGGUGACAUUGAGGGUAUCGUCCUCACGGGCAUCACUGACUCUCUGGUCGACAUCCUUGCCCGCUACGUGCACAACUUCAACGAUUUCCAAACAGCUACGCUUCUCCUCUCGGUCUGCGCACCUCGCUUCAUAGACGACGUGCGCACCACAGCCAUGCGCAACGCUUAUCGUGCCUACCUCCAGCGCCAUCGCGCCUUCUUUCUCCGCGUCAAAUUCGACGUCGAGUCGACCAAGCUCAGUAAGCACGGGGGCCGGCCCACCCUCCGCCCCGCCGGCCGCCAGAUCGGGCUGCGCUGCGUCUAUUGCGACGUGGAGACCAAGACCGAGUCCCUGUCAAACCAGCUACAGCAACAACAACGGCCGCCCUUGCGCCGUGGAGGCAGCGGCGUUACCGGCAGGUCGGCGAUGCCAAACUUCAUGCCCAAUCACCCGUCCCGCAUCGAGACGCGAGCGCACCAUUACCAGUCGGCGAACCCGUUCACCGAGAAGAUGGUUGCGGCGGGCAUCAGCUGCCCCAACUGCAAGCAGCACCUUCCGAGGUGCGUCGUGUGCCUCGAGGUGGUGGGCAUGCCGCGCAGCGACAGGGCCGAGCUCUCGCGCGACCCGGACGUCAGGCGCGCCGCGCGCUUCCCGACCUUUUGCGUCUCGUGCGGUCACGUGCUCCACCUGGACCAUGCCCGCCAGUGGUUCGCCAGGCAUAGGGAAUGUCCUGUCCCCGAAUGCAGGUGUCUCUGUAAUACUAGGGUCAAUGAGGAGUUGGAUUAUGCUUGAUGUUAGCUAGUGCUCAUAUUGUACUGCACUGUACUGCAUGAUGGGUGGGAAUUGGCUGUCUGAAGGUCUGGGCAGGGUUCUGGCGGCUUGAAUGAGUCCUAUGUUGCGAAAUACAUAAUGAGUGUAGAGAGGUCUGUUGUUAUCUACAUAGAGUGGACAUGAUGAUACGUAGUGUGGGAGACG